AUGGCUACACCAGCUAGUAUCCUUCACCUACCCGACGAAGUCUUACUCCAAGUAACGCAACACAUAACUGGCAAAGACACCAGUGAAGAACUUCGCAAUCUAGCGCUCGCCCACCAGCAAUUCCGUGGUGUUGUACGCGAGGCGCUAGUGAAGAAUGCGGUCAUCGCCCAGCACGGCAUGUCCACAUACAUUCAGUUGCUUUCGCAAAAGCCCGCAUUGGCUAGUUCGAUAACAAGCGUCACAUGGGACCCAAGUUGUGAAGUUAUUGAGACUCAGUUACCCGCCACUCGCUCUGCAUAUCGCAAGUUAGUCAACACUUUCUGGACUGGGGCAAAGGCCCACGAACUACUGGAGGUUUUCGACAAUGAUAUCAAAUCGUCAGCUCCGAUAUCGCCUACGACAGUGCUUGCAUGCCUUCCUCAUGUAAAACACAUGUUCAUUAAGCAUUCUAUCGGCUCCUGUGAUGCCAUUCAGCGAUGGCUAUGCGACGAGACCACGGCGCAUUCCACCCUGGAUCGUCCCAGCAUGAUGUUCCAUGACAGGCUGGAGACGCUUAGUGGGAUUCUAGAUGGAACGAGACUGAGUCCUUGUGCCUGGAGCAUCUUCUAUGAAAAACUCGGUAAUCUUAAGGUCUUGGAACUCCCUUGCCAGUAUCUUCCAGCAAUUUGUGUUGGUGCCGCCAGGCAUGUACCCCCCAAUUUGGAAGUAUUACGGAUAUGGUCAGAUGAACAGAGUGGCCCCUGGGCGUUCAUGUUCAGCCUGUAUUACAUUCUACGACACAAAACUCCACUUCUAAGACACGUGCAACUUUUCUUCGAUCUCCCGCUUGAAGAUUUGGUGAGCGCUAUCUGCGAUUACCAGCAAGAGCCCGUGGGUUCUUAUGUCUUCGAAAUCGACCCAGUCAUCCUUUUGCAACUUUGGGAUACACGCACCCAGGUGUUGGUUGAGACCCUGUUUCCCAACCCAGAUGCUCCAAGUCCUUCUCAGUUCAUACCAACAUCGUACAAACCGAGUUCUCUGGGGCACAAGACCCAAACUGAAAACGACAGGCGUGCGGAAGCCAUGUGGUUUAAGUAA